GGCAAUGGGUUGAUUGGUCAGGUGGUCUAAACUUCCAUAAACAACCUGCUGGAAUGAAUGUGUGUGGAGUCCAUUCAUGAAGAAUUAGAGCUGAGAUUACAAGACUUUAAAGCACAUUUCCAUGAAAGGCCUUCCUGCUUUUUAAUUAGCUGAUUUGAGUACUUUGGAAGGAGGGUUUUUAUCUGCACUUCUGAGAAAACAUGAACUUGCUCAAAGCAAGAGCUGCUGUAACAUUAAAAAAAUCAUCCGAGUAAGUUUUGCAUCCAAACAUAAACAUACUGUACGUGUGUGUGUGUGUGUGUGUAGGUGCAUCAGGUUUACAGCAGCCAGUCUACUAACACUGGCUGACAAUGGACCUCUGGCUCUGGGAAAGAGACCCACUGAAAAAUGCAUGAGGAAAUCUACACCUGUCUCCAGGUAACCAAGGCAGGGAUUCUGAACCGUGACGCUGAAUUUGUGUGUGUGUGUGUAUACACCUGCGUGGGUGCAUGCACUAACAGCACAGCUUCCUAGCUUUACCUGUUCAGACUCUCCGCGGGGACGAAAGCAGCUGUCAACCCUGCUGGCCUGAUGAGGCGGACAUCAAUUUGGCCAGGACAAACGCCAUGAAACUGUGCUGAAAAGGUUCUGUGCCCUACUGAGCUACUGAGAACUUUAUGCAUGGAAACAGGUCAAAGUCGGCCCAACUGAGACGAGCCUUAAGCUGGAAGUGGAGACUUGCUGGAGGGUGGACCACAGAGGAACAAAGAGGUCUUCACGGGUCUUGGCCUGAAUUCUGAGUAGCCCUUUGAGCAAGCAUGAACCCAAUGUGGAAGGUAUAUAAGAGCAAAGUGCUGAAGACGCUGAACCCCGAGUAUGAGGAGGACACAUCUGAAGAGGUCACAGAGGUGGAGAAUGACAUGAUGAGUCCGGUACAGGAGGAUGAAGGACCCAACGCCGUAUCCCAGUUGGCCAGGAAGAUGCAGGGAGCUGGGACUAAAAGCUGGAACCGCCUAUCAGCUCUGUUCAACAGAGACGAUGAACACCAGCUCCUUGAGGAGACCGAGAGCCCGCCAGUCGCCGACCAUCCACUUGCAGUAAAGCCAGAGGAGCCUCCUCGACCCUCUCGGCGCUCAGGAUUCUGGGAUAGCUUCGCAUCCAGCUGGGCCGCCAAGAAGCAGGCGGAAGCCGCAGCCGCUGCUGCUGCAGCCAACGAGGCGGCAGCAGGCCAGGGUGAGGACGGGGUGACAGGGGCUGGAGGGGAAGACAACCAGGAUGGGCAGAUCACUGAGGGAGAGGAGAGUCAAGGAGGAGGAGGAGGAGGACGGAGCAGCAACAACAGCUUCUCCAAAUAUGUCUCGCUGGGAGGAGGGAGCGAGGACGCAUCCUUCAAGUGGAACUUUGUCACCAGCAAGCUUGCAGAGCUGAAGACCAAAACCAACUAGGUGUUGACAAUGAAGGGAUCAGAAUAAAACAAACAAUAUGGUGAUGGAAUUAGACAUGUUAGUGUGGAGGAAGAUUAGGAGGUGUCCUAUAACUAUACAGCAAUUGUAGAAGUCCCUUUUGAUCCCACUGUGAACUCUUGAACUUAUGUACUGUCUCCCAUAAACAUCUUUUUAAAACCACAUUGCAGUGAAAGAAAAACACAUCUAAAUAAAUAUACAUACAUAUACAUAUACAUAUAUAUAUAAAUACAUACUACUACUAUUACUACUGUAGUUUACUCCACAAAGGGGACUUCUAGAAUCUCUUGUAAUAAAACCUGGUAUUUAGGCUACAUAAUAUAAGGGUUUCUAAGGGUUGUAUGAUCAUAUCUACUUUCUCAAAGUGCAUUUUAAAUCACAAAAAUGGCCUUUACAAAUGUGGGCAAACUUGAUAUAAUCUGCAGUUUAACAAAAACUGGAUCAAGAGAUUAAAGGCUUUGAUAGCUGGAUUAGUCGAGGAUUAUCUCAUUUAACCUGUUCACAGGGCAGCAGAUUUGGCCGUGUGACAAUAUCACAUAAACCUCUUUGUUUCCUCCCCUCAGACACCAAAACAGGGGAAAUGCGUGCUUAUGUGAAAUGUGUAAAAUCUGAAUGUGCGUGCGGUUGAGAUAACGUUUCUUAUUGCGACUGAGACUGACAUGUGCAAAGUGUGAGGUUCAUUUCCAAUUUUGCUUUUGCCUUGUUGUAUGUUUUAUUGUGUUGUUUUGUUUUCUGGUAUGCUAUAAUAAAGACUGCGGCACUGAAACCAAGA